UCUCCCUUUCCUUAAUCAGCGCACACCGAACUCUUUUCUUUCACUUUUUCCCUAACUAUCCUCUCUUUCACUUUCUCCCAAUCUUCUCUCUCGCUAUAUCUCUAUCUAUACCCAAAAUACCCAACCUUCAUCUCUCUAACUCUCUCUUAUCAUCUCCCCAAGCCUCCUCUCUUUCUCUAAUCAUCACGCAACAAAUCAUGUUCGCAAGCGGUGCAUGCGAGCGGAGACUCCGCACACCGCCGUGUCGCCGCCACUGCGAGUGAUUCAUUAGAAUCAGAUUCAGACCUCAAGAUUUUGCCACCGCAUGCACCGCUGUCUUUCUUCCUACCUUUGUUUCUCUUUGUCGUUUCCAACAGGGGAGAGGGAAAGACGAGGGUAGAUGGGUGUUUUGUUAAUUGUGUAUGUGUCUCGUAUGUAUAGUAGUUGUAGUUCGUAGUGCCCAUUGCAUUAAAGCCCAUGCAACCCAUGAGUAUUAGGAGCAAAUUACGUAACCCUAAUUACUAAAGGGUUCGGCCGAUGCUGGAUAUAAGUGUAGAAAGCAGCAGCCUUUGUACAUCAUCGAAAAUAAUCAGUAAAACUGUAGUCGAGGAGUUUGAAGCUCCUCCGUGGAUUAGUCCUGGUUAAUCCGGGGAUACCACGUAAAUCGGCGUCUAUCAUUUCCGUUACUGUCUUCCAUUUCUCAUCAUGGUAUCAGAGCCUACACAGAUCGAUUCCGAGAGACCUUCAUUAUGUCUUACUUUUACCAAUUUUGCACUGUGGGAAUUUCAAUUUCGCGUCUUCUUAGAAGGCCGUGGAUUGCUGGGUAUUCUCGACAGAACUAUACCACCAUCGACAGAUAGAGAAGCUACCGCACAGGAAAAGGCACAAUGGAAUCAGAAUGAUGCUCGCGUGAGAUCGUGGCUGUUGAAAUCCGUAGAUGCAUCCACCUGUCUGAGUCUAUGACUAUUUCUGACGGCAAACCGGAUGUGGAGACAUCUGACCGCCCUUUAUUCUACCGUUAAUCCUGCACGACAGUUCGAAAUUCAGAUGUCCAUUGCUCGUCUGGAGCAAGGGGAUAAAUCGGUCACCGAGUAUUUUAACUUAGCCCAAGAAUUAUGGACGGAACAAGAUUUGAUUCGAGCUGUAUUGAGACCUCACGCUGCCAUGACAGAAGAUGCAAUAAUCGAGAGACAAAGGACCAGAAUUCUUGAGUUUUUAAUGAGGUUAAGGCCAGAGUUUGAGGGUGUAAGGUCGGCGCUGCUUCACAAAGAAGAAUUGAAGUUCGAUGGUGUCCUGGCCACAUUAGUCUGUGAAGAAACAAGAAUUAGAACACAAGUUGUCAUUGACCAACGACCAGGAGAGGGAGAGACUCUCCUAGCUGUCGCAAAUUCCGCAAUAAGAGGUACAAGAUCUAACUCUCUUGUACUCGCUGUCGAUCACCCACCGACAAUUGGGGACCUGUUCGCCAUGUUCAGGGAGCACCUCUUGCUGAUCAAUUUGGCCAAAGUGGAGAGGCUGGGAGCAGUUCUAGUGCCACGGCUGUAACUGUGGAACAAAUGGUGAAUGCAGCCUUGCAACACUCUCUUCCGACCGCAAUCAACGCGGCUUUUGCUACGCUACAGGGAUCAGGUAAAUCCUCGCAUUGGCUUCUUGACAGUGCUUGUUAUAAUAAUAUGACUAGGACGUCAGAAAUGUUAAGGGAUGUGAAACCUGUUAAUGAUAUGGAAUUAACAGUGGCAAAUGGUGAAAAAUUAGGCGUUAGAGGAGUGGGUAAUGUGGUUACUGAAUCUAUAUCCCUCCAAAAUGCAUUACAUGUGCCUCAGCUAGUCCCAAAUUUGGUUUCCGUAGGACAGCUUACUGAACAAGGUUAUUCUGUGGUGUUUGCUCCGUCUGGAUGUCUUGUACAGGAUUCGAAGACGGCGAGGCCGAUCGGAAGGGGGAGUAAGCGAGGACGGUUGUUUCAUUUGGAGGAAUUACAUGGGAAUUCUCUAUCGUCGACCGUCAGUAGUCCUUCUCAUAAUUCUAUCAGUAGUCCUUUUUCAGUGUUUUCCAGUGUGUCAAAUAAUGUAUGGGAUCUUUG